UUGGGCAGGAGGGGAGUCACGCCUACCGCGCCAUUCUCUGCGCAUGCCCCAGGCGUCAGCUUCUAGUAUUUUCUUGAUGCGUCUGAAGACUUCCGGCUCAGUUCACGUCCGAAGGUGAAAAGGGUUGGAUGUUGCCUUUUUGCUAGCGAGCGCUUAUACGAAGCUUCUGUUUGUCCAAAGUUUCGAGAAGGAGGCGUCUGUAGGGCCUUUCCCACCAUCCUGAGUGAGGCGUCGGCACCCUGCGGCACUUUGGAGUUUGAAAGAAGGGAGUUUUUCUAAAGAAAAGGAAGCCGAGGCUGGGGGCGAAGAUGUCCAACUACGUGAACGACAUGUGGCCCGGCUCGCCGCAGAAGGAUUCUCCGUCCACCUCCGGGUCGGACCGGUCCAGCCGGCUGUCCUCACGAUCUGGGAGCCGCUCCUCAUCCCGAAGCUCCCGUUUCUACUCUCGCAGCUCCAGACGCUCGUCCUCCGCGAGUUGCAGCCGGCCUCGGAGAAGGAGCAGGUCGAGGAGGCGCCACCAGCGGAAGUACAGGCGCUACUCGCGCUCUUUCUCGCGCAGCCGGUCCCGAUCCCGCGGCCGCCGCUACCGGGAGAGGCGCUACGGGCCGCCCCGGAGGUAUUUCCGGUCUCCCUCGCCGCGCAGGUCGCGCAGUCGCUCACGCGGAAGAUCAGGCUUCAGAAGGUCGCACUGCGUCGUCGUGAGGGCGCGGCGGUACCCGGAGGGGCACGGCCGGUGGAGGGAGAGAUCGCCGUCCAGGACGAGGUCACGGAGCCGAACCCCCUUUCGUUUGAGUGAAAAAGAGCGUAUGGAGCUGUUAGAAAUAGCAAAAGCCAAUGCAGCAAAAGCUUUAGGAACAACUAACUUUGAAUUGCCUGCUUGUCUCAGAACUGUUUCUGUAGCUAAAGAAACAAACCAUGGAGCAGCUGUAGCAGGUCAUGGCACAAAGUUUGAGCUGUCAGAAAAGCUAACUGAUGAUGGAACUAAAAAUUCUAGUGAAAAAUCUUCCCAGCAAAGAAACAUAGCUUUUAGUUCUAAUAAUUCUAUAGCAAAACCAAUGCAGAAAACUAACACUGCUGGUGAAGAGAGAUCUUCAGGAUCACCAAAAAUAGACAAGAAAAAAAGCCCAUAUGGACUGUGGAUACCUGUCUAAAAGAAGAAAAUGAAUGGCUUAAGGUUGCCUCAAACUGCACUUUAUUACAAGUUUGUUUCCAGCAUUAUCCCAUAUCUUUGAGUCAUUCUUUUUUAUAAUUACUGCCAUUAAAAAUCAAUGCAAAGAUACAUAAAUAUUUACUAGUAAAAUAUUAACAUUUUAGGUUUCUUUUGAAGAUGUGAGAACACAAACGGAUCAGCGAUUACACAGGUGGGAGUCUUCUAUACAUAUUUGUAAAUAUUGUUUAUCAGUUGUGAAGUGAUAUUUGUAAGACAGACUAAUUGAACUGUAUGUUUUGUAUAU